UGUUCCAUCUCUUGCAUUCGGUUGGUUAUGCUUGUUUCUGUAGUUCCUGUUUCCGGGAGCUUCCUUGACAGACAGGAGUGCUCCUCGGAGUACCGCCACUGCAGAAUGAAGUGUGCUACCACCGAAUAUGCCAUCAAAUAUUGUGAAGAUUGGACCAUCUGCUGUGGAGCAAAGGACAGACAAGCAAAGAAGAAAAGGAUAUGA